AAUGCAGCCCCAUUUAAAUACUCGGAGUUCGUAAAGUCGAAUGAAUCAGAGGUAAAUAAACUUUCACUGGAUAACCUAUAAAAAUUAACCACUCAGUUAUACAUGUUUGUCGCAACCACACAUAAAGCCAAACACAUCUGCUAGUAUAUAUAGCAAAGCAGUUUAGGUUUUAAACCGUACCAGGAUGCCAAUCCUGUGAAAACGGGGAGACGCAUCCCCCCCCCCCAGAUAAAUUACAUGUGUCUGCCGGCUCCUCCCUCCUUCUUCCACUUCUUGUAAAGGAUAGCAUGGAACCAUGUUGUCUUUUUUAGGUUCAUAUCUUAAUCUGAGUUGCAAUUAUAAUAUAACAUUUUUUAUUUUUUUCUUUAGAAUGCAGACCCUUGCAAUGGUGACACUGAAUCUGAAGAGUCAGAGGUAAAUAAUGAAUAUCUUUAAUUAUAUCGAUGCAACUUUGAUUCGUAGCUUCAGUGUUUUGCACCAUAUUUUAUGAAGGUAUAUAUAGGGCAUUGCUAUAUAUAUAUGGGUGCAAUUUCCCCUACAGGACUUGUUUAUGCAAAGCUGUAAACGUAUUUAAUGUUGAGCUUAUAUGUUAUGUUUUGUGUCCCAAUAUAAUAGGACGAAAGCAACUGUGGUUAUGACACCGAUGACAACUCUUACGAUUCGGACGAACUGGAAGCAGGCAUGGAAAAAAUGAUAAAUUCAGAUACAGAAUUCACUAAAGCAAUGGAAUCUGUGAUAAAUAAAAUGGAAAAGAAUAUUCAGAAAACCUAAUAAGAAUCAUACUAUGAUAUAAUAUCGUCCUACUGUAUAUAUUUCAGAAACUCUCCCAUUUAUUCAACUGAUUUGUCUUUUGUCAUAUAUAUGUGGUGCAUGAGGAUCAUGCUACAAGAUAAUUCGGCUAAUCACUGCAAGCGAGUAUAUAUACACUUGGUUAAUAAUGGUUUGCACUUGGAUUUUUAUGUUCAGGAUUUCCAACGCAAUUGAUUGCCCCAGUGUCACCGAUUCAUUUAAAAUGGAAGGAGAGGUUAUUUAUUAGCCAUUGCAACUAUUUCAUGUACCAACCCAUCUUGAAAAUGGAAAAUAAAU